AUGGCUUCAUUAGUACAGCGUCGUAUGCUCUCAAAGGCGGACGAGGAGGCGGCGGACGAGGUCGAGGUUCGACGUGAGGAUCAGGACAAGAUCAACCGGUUCAGCCGCCUACACCAGCGAGAACUUGUUUUGGGCGACGAAUUGAGCGCUAAGAACAAGGAGAAGGAAGAGCUCGACGACUUGUCUACAGAACUCGAACUCGCUGACGAGGACGAGAAGAUCCAGUACAAAAUUGGCGAUGCCUUUUUCCACGUUUCGGUAGAGCAGGCCCAGGAGAUGCUUGAGAAAGCAACGGAGACGCUCGAGGAAGAGUCCACAUCAUUGGAGGACAAGCUAUCGUCUAUCCGUGAGGAGAUGACAAAGCUCAAGGUCGAUUUAUAUGCCAGAUUCGGAAAGCAGAUCAACCUAGAGACUUGA